AUGGCAGCGAAAUCUGAUGGCGUGAGGGUCGCUGCCGGUUUCGCCCAGUUGCACAACCUGGACGAAACGGUGGAGUACGACGACGAUGACCAGGGCGACAGCAGCGCUAUUCACAUCUGGCGCUGCUGCAACACUUCGUCCUGCUACUGGGGCUGCCGGAGCGCCUGCCUGCGUACUCUCCGGGGGAAGGGGACCGAACGCAGGCGGCCGCCGCCGGAGGAGCGCCUAUGGCUGGACUGUCUGUGGAUCAUCCUCGCGCUGCUGGUCUUCUUCUGGGACGUUGGCACAGACUUGUGGUUGGCCAUCGACUAUUACUCCAAGAGAGACUACCUGUGGUUUGGACUGACUCUGUUCUUCGUGCUCGUUCCGUCGGUGCUGGUCCAGAUCCUGAGUUUCAGGUGGUUCGUGCAGGAUUACACCGGGGGAGGGCUGGGGGCUGUAGAAGGACUCAGCCGGAGAGCCACUGCGGAGCUGACCGUCGGCAUUUACAGCCGGGACAGGUGCUGUCAGAUAUCCGUGUGGAUCUGGCAGGUAGUCAUACACAUUCUGCAGAUGGGACAAGUAUGGAGAUACAUCCGCACCAUGUACCUGGGUAUUCAGAGCCGGCGGCAAAAGGAGCACCAGCGGCGGUUCUACUGGGCGAUGAUGUACGAAUACGCUGAUGUCAACAUGCUGCGGCUCCUGGAGACAUUCCUGGAGAGCGCCCCCCAGCUGGUGCUACAGCUCUGCAUCAUGAUCCAGAAGAACCGGGCUGAGACGUUGCAGUGUAUGUCCUCGAUUGGGUCCCUCUUAUCCCUGGCUUGGGUCCUGGCUUCCUACCACAAACUCCUUCGGGACUCUAGGGACGACAAGAAGAGCAUGAGCUACCGCGGUGCCGUGAUCCACAUCUUCUGGCGGCUCUUCACCAUCUCCUCGCGGGUGCUAUCCUUCGCCCUCUUUGCCUCGAUCUUCCACAUCUACUUCGGCAUCUUCGUUGUGGUGCACUGGUGCGCCAUGGCCUUCUGGGUGGUGCAUGGCGGUACUGACUUCUGCAUGUCCAAGUGGGAGGAGGUCCUGUUCAACAUGGUGGUGGGCAUCGUCUACAUCUUCUGCUGGUUCAACGUGAAGGAAGGCCGGACCCGCUGGCGCAUGGUGGCCUACUACUUUGUGGUGCUGCUGGAAAACACGGUGCUGACCUGCCUGUGGUAUGCUUACCGGGACCCUGCCACCACCGACUCGUAUGCCGUGUCGGCCCUGUGCGGGGUGUACCUCAGCUUCGCCUCCGGGGUGGUCUUCAUGUUCCUGUACUACGGGGUGCUUCACCCCAUGGGCCCCCGAGUGCGCGUGCUGGCCAGCUCCUGCUGCGCCGAGCUGCUCUGGGGGCUCCCUCUGCCACCCGAGGCUGAGCCUAUGGCCUCCACCCCGGGGCCCCGCGGCUCCCAGGCCACACCAAGCAGGGGCUCCACAGGGGACCACACAGAGGAGGAGGAACUGGCAGGAGACACCUGCCUGCCCGUGUUCCAGGUGAGAUCCACCACGCCAACCACCACCAGGGGCCGACCAUACCGCCCAGAGGGGCCCCUCAUCAAGAUAGACAUACCCAGGAAGCAUUACCCAGCCUGGGAUGCCCACUUUGUGGACCGGCGUCUGAGGAGAACCAUCAAUAUUCUGCAGUACAUCACACCCAGCGCUGUAGGGAUCCGCUAUCGAGACGGACCCCUGCUAUACGAGCUGCUUCAGUAUGAGUCCUCCUUAUGA